ACAGGAACAUGAUGAAAGUCAGAGCCGAGCACCUCAGGUGAACUUCCUCAGUAUCUCGGAUCACACUUCACAGAAAUUACGUUACCAGGUGUGACAUCAGCACAGACCAAACAAAUGCCGAGCUUUAGGGAGGAGACGCAGGUCACAAUCCAUCGACACCUGUUUGACAAUCUCUGGACUUUAACACUCGGGAUCUGAGAAAGACUCUGUACUGUAGAAGGACAGCUAAAAACGGGAUAUAACUGCAAAGAACUCUUGGGUUACGAAACGCCUCAAUCGUUUGUUGGCUUCCGACCGCAGCCGUUCAGAUGUGGGUGUGAAACACCUGAACACCUUCCCAGGACCAAGCUUCGUCACUAGCUGUCACAAGAUGCCCUUGUGGACAUCGUUACUCCGCAAACCCACGUCUGGACGCUGGCAGAGGAAGCUAUCGAACCGAAAACAGGUUUUGUCGGUCAACAUGGUCAGCCUUCCUCAGGGCGAUUUCCGGCAUCUCUCUCACAUCGGCAGGGAUGGACACACGGACAGUUUCGGAGACCUGUCGUUCCUGAAGAAAGGCCACAGUCUCCUGCUGCAGAGCUCCAAGAGCGAGCAGAACCUGUUCCUCCCGCCGCCUCCCAAACCGCCCCGAAUCAACCUCGAAGCAGACCACUGCACCCCGAUCUGGGAGCAUCAGAGACAGAAGUGCAGCUCACUUCCCCUCCUGGACACGGAGGAAGACGAGGACGAGUGUUCACACAUCAGCGGGAGCUCUGGACGAGAUUCGACCCAAAUCAACCCAGAGGAAACACAUCCUGACCAAACGGACACCGCGUUCGUGUUCAGUCUGGAUCUGGGACCCUCUAUACUGGACGCCGUGCUGCAGGUGAUGGAUAAAUCCAUCAAUAGACAAGAGUUGUGACCCGGAAAUAGGGCUGGACAAUAUACCCAAAAAAUUAUUUAAUGUGUUUUUAAGAAGUCUCUUCAUUCCAAACGCCUGAUUCAUUUAGAAACGAAUCAAGUGACUGUCUUUUUGAAUGGCUCUUUGAUUCAUUUAUUCAAAGAGUUUGUUCAAAACGCCUGAUUCGUUAAGAAACACAUCAAGUGACUGUCUUUAUGAAUGGCUCAGUGAUUCAUUGACUCAAAUGAUUCAUUCAAAAACAGAUUCAUUCAGGAACUAAAUGCAGCCGUGUUCCUCCGAGAAGCACAAAUGCUCUGCUCCGGUUCUGUUUGGAGCUCGUUUUGUUGGUGAAACAGAAAAAACAGACAAUGUUAAAAUGUAACACACAAUAUUAACUUCCUGUUUGUUGAACUGUUGCAUAAAUACAAUAAAUGCAACUCUCAUGAUGGCGCUCAAGCACCGAUAUUUAGGAAAACGGCACUCUUGCGCAUGUGAUAUUCUGUCAGAAAUACAGCAAAAGAAGUAAUAUUCUGACAUAUGUUUAAUAUUUAAAAUGACUGUUUUUGAAUCAUCAUAUUUUCAUGAUUUCUGAAGAUCAUGUGACACUGAAGGCUGGAGGAAUGAUGCUGAAAAUACAGCGGAGAAUCACAGAAAUAAAUUACAAUUUAACACAGAUUCACACAGAAAACAGAUAUAUUAAAUAGUAAAAAUAUUUCUGAAUAUUACUGCUUUUGCUGUAUUUCUGAUCAAAUAAAUGCAGGUCGGUCUUCUUUAAAACACAAGAACUUUUGAAAGCUUGUGCAUCUUGGUGUUUUCUAUUUGGAUUUGUGUUUUUAGUUUUUCAUCCUGCUUGAUAUUGUCUAAUGAAACAAUGUACAUAUCAUAGGCAAUAAAAACAGAUGUUGUGAUAGAAACCGCAGCAGCUUCAGCUAUUUUUCAGAUGCGCUCGUAUCAAACUGCUACAUGUUGACAUACUGUAAAACUGCCUCAUUCCAUAUCAUUUAUGAAAAUAUAUGGAUAUAGCGCCAAGCCCUGACUGGAAACGGACUGUAACUCGCUGCAGGAAGCUGGCUGUGUUUCUGAUCAAACAUCUGAACUCUGGACAAUUAGAACAAAACUCAAAACAUUGCUCAACCAGACAUUUCUUCCAGGAAAAGCAGAGCGUUUCAGACCAGUGUUGUGGUGUCCAAAUCCUACACCCUUUUUUAAGAAAUCCCCCCUUCGAAUGAAGUCUGUUAUAUAACGCUGAGGAACAGAUAUCUCAGAAAUAUCUCAAGCAGCGUUCGUCAAUGCUUGCAGAAGUCGAGUUAAUCAUGGAUCAGCUUUUAUUUCAAACUGUGAUUCCCUCAUCUGCUUUCUGAGCGUUUACAGACAUGUUUGCACUGUAUGAUCUAUUAUAUCAGGCUUUAUAUUUCUAUGUAAGGUCAAUUCAGUGACAAGAUUAACUAUUGAUUUUAUUUGACACCUCACCACUAGAUCUGCAAGUGGAAGGAAACAAGAGUAAUUCCUUAAUAAAAUCAUGUUAUGUUUUUAUAUAUGUACAUAUUAUGCAUAUUACCUUUAUGUAGAUAUAUAUUUUAUUUUUUAUAUGCCGUGAUCAUAUAAACACAGUGGAUUUCAU